AAAAGCCUUGCUGGUAUUUUCUGAAGCCGUCGCCCCCACCCCACCCUGGUCCUGUCUCGCUGUCGUCGCCUCUGUUUCCUGGUCUCGUAGCUUGGGAUUUACCGCGCGUCAGGUCAUUCCUGCGUGAAUCUGGAACCAACUGGCGUAGACGAUAGGCUGAGGUUAGUUUUGAGAGGUCUCAAAACUGUUGCAUUUCACCCGCAUGAAUCUGGAGCCAACUGGCGUAGAGCUGGCGAUAGGAAGGCUAUAGGCUGGCGAUAGACAUUUGAGAUUUUUUUUCUGAGAUACACAGCUGGCGUCAUGAUCUGUUUCUGGAAAGUUUCCAAGAACUAGUGUUGGCGUGUGGGAAAAAUGGAGCUAGGAGGGGGGAAUAAGGGCCAGAGGGGGACGGAGAGGAUGCGGAAAAAGACGCCGCCGCGCAGACCCGCGGAAAGCGCGGGAGCGCAGCGAUUGGCGCAGCGCUCCGCGGGGAUACAUGACCUUUAUGGGGCUCCGCAGUUGACGAAUGCCGCGGUGGAGUACGGUGGAGAGGAGCGGUACUCCGAGCAGCAGCCAAUAAGGGGAAUGGAUUUGUACGGUGGAGAUCCGCUGAGGGGAAUUGGACCAAUGGGGAGGGCGGAAGCGGGGAACGCUGCUCCGCCUCGGCGGUCCCGCAGCAUCUCCCCCGCCAUGGAGGGGAAUACGGCGCGCGGAUACGGGGAGCGCGUGGGGGGAAGUUUGGCGGCGAGUAUGGUGAUGGGGGAAGCUAAGAGCGACAAUCACGCAGAGAACAUGGGUCGGGGGAGAGGGGGUAUGGCGGAACCCGAUGCUAAUAAUGUGUCUACGUCGGGAUUUGAUAUGGUGCACGGAAGGGUGGGUGCUGACAUUGUGCGAGGAAGGUUGGGUACAGAUUUGGUUUCGGGAAAGGUGGGUGCUGACAUGGUUCACGGGAUGGUGUAUAGAAAAAUGGCGACUGAGAGAGCGAGAGGGAAGGAGGCGGAGCGGGGCCGGCAGCGGGACCUCGAAAGGGGGAUUUACCUCGGAGAUUUGGACAGAUCCGCGAUCGAAACUGCAUCAGAAAGGGUACAUUCGGGUGGUUUACCCUGGAAUAAUGCGGACCGAGCGCAUGAGCUGCUGGACAGGCCGCCUACAGGGUCUUUAGGGGUGGAGAGGAUGAGGCGGAGGGAGAAGGGGGCAGAAGCGAGGAGGGAAGCGGAGAGAGAGGGGGGGAGGGAGAGAGUGAGGGAUGGGGUCAGGUCAGGGGUAAGGGAGGAGACGGAUUAUAUGGGAGGAGAUUAUAAGGGAGGAAUUAAUAUGGAGGGGGGUGGUGAACAGUACCUGCGGAUGGCGACAUGUGAUUCGUCCAUACGACCUGGGAAGUACAGGGGUGGGAGGGUCCGGGGAGGGAGGGGUGGAGAGGGUGGCGAAUGGGAAGGUGACACGUCAGCUGGUAGGGAGGACGAGGAUGGAUCAGAAGAGGAGUAUGACGGGGAUGACGCGGAGAUAAGGACAAAAGCGGCCAGUUGGCAGCAGGACCAGCAGCAUCAGCAGAGCUACAGUGCUUCUUCUGCUGGUUACUCUGCGGCGUCGGUAUCUGCUCCCGCUUCUGCUCUAGCUUCUGCUCCUGCUUCUGCUGCCUCUUAUUCUGCCUCUGGCCCCCGGCGAAUGCAGCACUGCGCAACAGCAGGGGAGGCUCCAAGCAGGGAGAGGAGGAGAGGGAAGGUGGUGGGCGGUAUGAGGAGGGGAGGGGAGGGAGAGGAGGAUGAGGGGAUGGGCAGUGAUCAGCUGACGAGAAUAGCGGCUCAAAUGAUGGGGCUAGAGGGAGAGGAUGAGUUACGGGUAGGUUGGGGAGGAGGAGGAGGAGGAGAAGGAGGAGGGAGAGGAGAAGGAGGAGGCAGAGGAGAAUUGGCUGGUCAAUUUGCCCUGCCUCCAAGCCACGGCUCCCGACCCUCCUCCAUCCGGAAAGCACACUCAGCCUCGGCCAAGCCUGCCAAAUCCGGAGGCUCGGGACCAGGCUCGGCAGGAGGUUUGGCAGCAGGCUUGGGAGCAGGCGCACUGGGCGACGGUGUAGCUCUAGAGGAGUUGCUCCAGCUAGGGUUGAAGGAUUCGCGGCUAAGGGACUGGGCUGCUAGGUUCAAAGCAGGGCAGGCAGACAGGCAAGAGUUACAGCUACUGCUGCAGCAGCUUCAGGAGAGGCAAGGCUUAGAGGGAUUGACAGGAGGUUCUGCAGGGGGAGCAGAUGCGUCAAUGGGGACCCCAGAAGCAGUGUCUGCCGCUGCUGCUGCUGCAGCUGCUGCGGAAUCUGGGUCGGGUUUAGGGUUUGAUUUAGGGUUUGGAGGGGGAUCGAGGCCCAGGUCUUCCUCUAGGAGGCUCGCCAGCAGCGGCGGCGUCCGAAGCAGGCCAGCUUCGUCAUCGUACCACAACCGAACCCAGCGGGCCGGGCACGCCAGGUUUGGCAGCAGCAUUGGCUUGGGAACAGGUUUAGGCGGCCCAGCUUCGGGAGUAGAUUCGGGAGCGGCAGGCUCGGGAGACCUCUUGGAGGGGUCUGGUUCGGAAGGUGGUUCGGAUGCGGAAGAUUUUCUGACCUCGGUUCCCCCGUCGGCUCUUGACGUGCUGAAGGGCAGCGGCAGCGGGCAGGCGAAAAAUAAACCUCCGACAGGCGGGUGGAAAAGCCCGCUUUCUGGAGCAUCGGGAGCAUCGGGAGUUCCUGGAUCGUCUGUUCUUUCGGGAGCAUCGGCAGGUGUUUCCGCAGGGUCGGUUCUCUCAGGGGGGAAAAGAGGAGCAUCGGCUGCGUCGAUUCUGAGGCAUGGGAGCUGGGAGCAGCGAGAGUUUGCCCAGCUAGCUGAGCAGUUCGGACUGGCAGCAGAGGAAGGGGAGGGGCUAGAGGGAGGGAUGGGGAGGGGACGGGAGGUGGGAGGAGGCGGUGCAGUUGGGAAGUCGAUUGGGAGGAGUGGUUCGGAGGUAGGUUUAUCUGGAGAAGGUGGCACAGGUGGAGCGGGGGUAGGUUUACCUGGUGCAGGUGGGAAUUGGAUUGGGAGAAGUAGUUCUGUUCCUGAGGCAGGGCCAUCUGGGGGCACUGGGGGGAGUCCGGGGAGGGUUUGGGGUUUGGGGGACACACAGGGCGAGGCGGAGCGGGAAGAAGCAGUGAUCGAGGCAAGAGCUACUGCUGCUGGUGCUGCUGCUGGUGCUGGAGGCGGUGAUUUGUAUGCUGGGUGGGGUAGAGUAGGUGAACAAAGACGGGCCGACCUUUAUUCUGCAGACAAUGCUGCUGCUGCUGUUGCUGCUGCAACCGCUGCUGCCACUGAGGCAGCUGCUGCUGUGGCAAACAAUGCUGCUGCGCCUGCUGCUGGAGGCAGAGACCUCUAUGCUGCUCCAACAACCCCCCCACCACCACCAGUAUCACAACCAAACGCAUCCUCCCUCCCCAAAAAACCCCCCCAGCCAAAACUCCCCCUUCCCCGUGCCUUCUCAGCAGACAGGGCAGCCCCCCCCACCAGCAGGGCGUCCCAUGCCCCCAUCCCUCCCGCUCGACUCUCCACCAGUUUCACCGACGGGUUGGGAGCAGAGGGGGCGGCGGAGGGGGGAGGCGGAGGGGGAGGGGGGAGGGGCGAGGAGGGGGAAGCGGAGGGGCUGGCGCUGGAGAGGAAUCUGAGCCUCCCUUCACCGAGGCCUGUGCCGCAAGUGGAGGAAGCGUCGUUUGACCGCAACCUGUCACUGCACAACGUGAUCAAGAAGAAGAUCAGUAGUCAUGCUGGAGAGGUGGGACAGCAGUUCGCCCGGCUCUCCACUCUCCUAAAAAAGUCCUCAUCUGCUUCCAACGCGCCUGCAAGUGGGGGAAGCAGCGCGGGAGCAUCAGGGGGCAAGCGGCCACCCAAGCCAGCCAAAGCAGCCCCACCAGACAGACCAUCCAGCGGCAACCCUCUCGCCAGAACGUCAUCCAUGGCAGCAGAGUUUGGCGACCUGCCUGCUCCCAAGAGAACGCAUUACCAGUACUCUGAACUACAGCUGGCGACGGAGAAUUUUAGCGAGGCCAACGUGUUGGGGCAGGGCGGGUUUGGGAAGGUCUACUAUGGCGUGCUGCCGGUGCACCCCGCUCAGGUUGUAGCGGUGAAGCUGCUGAAGCAGGGAGGGGAGCAGGGCGACGAGGAGUUUGUGACCGAGCUGGAGCUGCUGAGCCGGCUGGAGCACAAGCACCUGGUGAAACUCAUGGGGUACUGCAUGCGGGGGGACCAGCGCCUGCUGGUGUACGAGUUCCUUCCCAACGGCAGUCUCGCCGACCACCUGCACGGCAGCAAGCUCAGGGAAAAUGGUCCCCUGUCGUGGGAGCGGCGGCUGAGAAUAGCCGUCGGAUCGGCGCGGGGCUUGAGGUACCUUCACUCGCAGCGGCCGCAGGUGCUGCACCGGGAUAUCAAAUCGCCCAACAUACUCGUUACCGACAAUUAUGUGGCCAAGGUGGCGGACUUUGGGUGUGCGAAGCUGAUCAAGCAGACGAUACUGGUAGAAGACCCCAACACUGGGGAGAUGGUGGAGACGUUGGGGGAGAAUGUGGAUGUGGCGAUGGGCACACACGGACACAUGGCCCCUGAGAUACUGAUGACUGGAGAGAUCAGCGCUGCCACCGAUGUGUACAGCUUUGGAGUGGUGCUGCUGGAAACCCUGAGCGGCCGGGUGCCUGUGUUUGAAGACGGGACGCUGCUCACACACUGGGCCACAUCGCUGCUCGAGGAAAAGAGGUGGGACGAGCUUUUAGACCCGGCCAUGCGGGCCGCAUUCACACCAGCAGAAGGGGCGGGAGGUGGAGGGGGGGGGCUGCCAGCUGGCACCGGUCCCAGUGCGGAUGCUUCUGCUGACGUGGCGCAGCCCAGAGUGGCUGCCACGUCAGCAUUUGCGCGGUGCGCUGAGCUGGCGGAAGCGUGCAUUCAGUUUGACCCGCUGAUGCGGCCGAAUAUGGAAGACGUGGCGCACACACUGCAGACAAUAUACUUAGAUAAGGAGAAUUCAUCUCUCUUCUCCACACCUUCCAAGCGCGGCGGCAGCAGCAGCAGCAUCCACAAUACCACUAGCACUGGUACCCCUAUAACGGACGGCAGCAGCACCAAUGAUUGCGGCAGCAGCAGCAUCAGCAGCAGCAGCACCAGUGCGAGACCACCCUCUGCCUCUUCCUCCCGUUCCCGAACCUCCUCCUCCCAUUCUCAACCCGCCUCCCGAACCUCUUCAGGCUCGGGAGACGAGGUUCGUGUUGCUCGAGGAAAGUCACAGGAAGGUGCCGGGGUUGAAAGACGAGCAAAUGGUGUAGAUAGGGGUGAUGCUAAUUUGAUUGGGACGGAUGGACAUGAGAGAGAAGAGAAGCAAGAGAAGGGGGAUAGGGGGGAGAGAGGGGAGAAUGGAGGGAAAAAGGAGAAGGGAGAGAGGCGGAAAGACAAGUGCAAGAGCGGGCCACUAGGAGCUCCAGCGAGGCGGAAAAAUGCGGACAAGAAGGGUGCAGACGAGGCAGGUAGACUACAUGAUGCGGAUUCGGAUAUCUGAACAUUUCGGAUCAAGGAUGUGCUACUAUUACUACCGUAAAAGGAUAAACUUUGUGCGCUGCAGAGCAAUGGAACAACGCCCUCUCCUCUGGAAAGCACAUUCUCCAUUUUUUUUGCCAACCCUUAAUUUUCAGGAUUGGGUUUUUUUAACCCUAACCUCUUCAGGGUUGUAUG